CACGUUCACUCUCCCUAAAGGAGGGAGCGAGGCAGAGACACAGAGAGGGGAUUGAGAGGAGCAGGAGAGGAAGCUAUCUCUGGACUGCUCUCCACUGCAGCGUCUGGCUUUCACUAAAAGGUCUAUGACUGAGUUUUUCCUGCACUUGUUUGCCUAAUUUAUUCCUGCCGGGACCAGCAGAGAGAAGGCGGAACAGAAGAAAAAAGGGAAAAGGGACCGGCAGAACAGAACGGAGUGCAACAGUACACCCCAACUUGCUGACAGGGAAAGCAGAGAGGUCCUGGCCUCUGUUACUGCUGGAUGGACAAGCACGAACAAAACGGGAGAAAACACUCAGCAGCUUUGAGAGGAGGAGAUUUCUCAACUCUGCUUUGUUUUGGCUUUUUGUGUGACAUUUGAGCCCCAGACACCGCAGACUCUGAAGAGUUGGAUGAGCCACAGGAAAACAUAAUUUCACCACAGAAACAGAAGAGGACUUAUUUGGUGCACUUAUCCGCUGCAAAGAUCACAUAUUCCAGGAGGGAAAGGGGUGUAUUGUCACUUCCUAAUGUUGAGGCAGUCUGAGUUGGAUCUUUUAGGCUUUUUGUCGGACACACCAAACCAAAAUACUUAUUACAUUUAAAAGCUGAACUGGCUCUGUGUUUAUAUCCUCUCUUAAUACCAAAGAAAGAACCAUUACCAAUUCUAAAACUCCCCACAAUUCAUUUUUUUAGAUAUAUGAUUGAGCAUUUCCAAAGAAAAACACUAUCCUAUUUUUCCUUUUCAUCAGUAGGCUAUCACCUCUGCCUCUAUAACAGCCCUGACAAGUCAAGAGUGAGUCUGGACUAGAACUGCCUCAGAUCAGCAGAUAACACCUCUGCAAGGCAGGAACUGGUUGGACUCGUUUAUAAGUUGGAGGAGAGGGCAGGGCAGUUCAACCCUGCCUGAAGGAAAGCUGUAUUUUAUUUUCCUCCCACUUGCUUGUCCUUCUGGGAGAAAGUCGAGCACUGAGAGGGGCAGAGCUUCUUUUUCACUUUGAGAGCGACUCUUGUUUUGUCCCUUGUCACUAUGAUUAGGAGGUGAGGUGUUUUUCUUUUUACUUCUUCCAGGGGGGGAGACGGAGAGAAAAAGUGGGAGGGAGGAAGAAAGAGAGAAGGAGUCAAAGUGUAAUUUAUUGUUUUCAGUGAAAAGAGCAAGGCUGCACCCUUUUCUCCUGCCUGAACUCUGAACCACUCAAUGUGUGUCUGAAGUUUCUCAGAGUUCGGGAGCCAUUGAUCGGAGGUCAGGGCAGAGAACACAAGGGUGAAAGACAAGAACAGAGAGCAGAGGGAUUAAAGAAGAGAGAGAGAGAAAACCGCACAGGGAAGGACUUCCAGGUCGUAACAACCAGACGGCAAAGGGGGGAAAGGUCAACACAAGAGCGGCCGGGACAAUAUUUUUAUCCCUUUCCUCGAUUUUCUUUGGUCAAAACAUUCCUGGAGACCUUUUCCUCUGGAAUCACUCUUUAGACUUUGAGGCGAGUUGGAAGCCGGGCGACAGGGUGGGUUUGUGUAUGAUCCACUCACAGGGCGGCGUGUCUCAGAGAAUAUGGCCAUGGUGAGCGGGGGAUGGGGCAACCCCAACGGGGACACUAAUGGACUGGGGGAGAAGACUUACCUGAGGAGGGAGGAAGAGGAGGGCUCGCCCCAGGCCGGGAGCAGCGAUGUGGACGUCGGGGACGAGGACAAGGCCUGCGUAGUGGACUGUGUGGUGUGUGGGGACAAGUCCAGCGGGAAGCAUUACGGCGUGUUCACCUGUGAGGGCUGCAAGAGUUUCUUUAAGAGGAGCAUCAGACGAAACCUCAACUACUCCUGCAGAUCAAAUCGAGAAUGCCAAAUUGACCAGCAUCACCGCAACCAGUGCCAAUACUGUCGUCUGAAGAAAUGCUUCCGCGUGGGAAUGCGCAAAGAAGCAGUCCAGAGGGGUCGAAUCCCUCCAUCUCACUCAGGUAUCAGUCCCAACUCCCUGGCAGGUGGGGCUGGAGGAGCAGGGCCGGGUCACAUUGGGGCGGACUAUUUCAACGGACAGCAGGUGUCAGAGCUCAUCUCCCAGCUCCUCCGGGCUGAGCCGUACCCCAGCAGUCGAUACGUGACACCGUACGGUCAGCCACAGAUGCAGGCAUCUGCGAGCGGAGCCUCCGUCAUGGGCAUUGACAGCAUCUGUGAGCUGGCCGCCCGGCUCCUCUUCAGCACCAUCGAGUGGGCCAGAAACAUCCCAUACUUCCCAGAACUACCGGUCUCAGAGCAGGUGGCUCUGCUGAGGUUGAGCUGGAGCGAGCUCUUCAUCCUGAACGCAGCUCAGUCUGCUCUGCCUCUACAUAUGGCUCCUCUACUGGCAGCUGCCGGGUUCCACUCCUCUCCCAUGUCUGCUGAGCGCGUGGUGUCCUUCAUGGAUCAGGUCAGGGUUUUCCAGGACCAGGUGGAUAAGCUGAACCGACUGCAAGUGGACUCCGCCGAGUACAGCUGCCUCAAAGCCAUUGCACUCUUUUCACCUGACGCAUGUGGGCUGACUGACCCAGCCCAUGUGGAGUCCCUGCAGGAGAAGGCCCAGGUUGCCCUAACAGAGUACGAGAGGUUGCAGUACCCAAACCAGCCCCAGCGCUUUGGCCGAUUACUGCUGCGCCUUCCAGCUCUGCGUGCCGUGCCUGCAAACCUCAUCUCCCAGCUCUUCUUCAUGCGGCUGGUGGGCAAGACCCCCAUCGAGACGCUGAUCCGAGACAUGCAGCUAUCAGGGAGCUCCAUCAGCUGGCCCUACAUACCGGGACAGUGAGCCCUUGUGACUCCAGAAUGAGACAGACUGAGAUGAGAUUGGGAGGAUUCAGAGUUCACAAAGAUUACAUACAAAGGACAAACUGAAUGUUAUGAAUACAAACUUUUAAGGUCUUUGCUUGUGAAUGUAAAGGUCAGCUUUUUCCACAUUAUCUCUGUAAAGUUUGGUGAAAGUCAAACCAAAAAGCUGCUUACAGAGAACAAAAAAUGUGUAAUUAUCCUUUACCACAUAUUUUAUAUAUCUAUACAUAUAUAUAUAUAUAUGUUUGCAGCACUUGUCAGUUUUGAUCUGGCCUCCGUCUGAUCUCUCUGUUUUAUUCUGGAUAAAAACACAAGGCUUUUAGUGAAAUGCAGACUCUAACAUGAGGCCAUGUGCCUGUACUACCUCAUCCGAUAUCACCCCUAAGGAGAGACUCAGUUUGAAUCCAGGCUCUGUUGGCCCUCUGCUCUGUUUAAUAAAAGCCAAGAUGAAACCAUAGUGACUUUUACAGGCAGAGCUUCAUAUCUGAGACAUGUCACACAGUUCAAGUUGUGUCAGGUUUUUUUUUUAAGUGGGCAGACUUUGUUACCAAAUGUGUUUGUAAAAACCGCAGUUUCGACUUUCUACAGCAUUAAAAUAAAGAAGAGGCACGGGCAUUGUUUUGUAUAUUUUACUAUACUUUAAAAUAUUGUAUAUACUUAAAGAAAUAGUUCAACAUUUUGAGAAAAUGAUUUAAUUUCUUGCAGAAUUAGAGAGGAUCGAUUGCACUUACGUAUCUCUAUGAUAAAUAUUAUGCUACAGCCAGAAGCUAGAUAGCUUAUGAUAUAUCUGGUACAGUUAGCCUGGCUCUGUUGGUAACAAAUGAACCCCUCCAACCCCCUGAAGCUCUGUAAUUAACAUGUUAGAAAAAUGAUAAUGAGAAUUGGUGAGUUAAGUCAUUAUUCUUUGAGGAGAUUCAACAAAUGAUCGUUAACUGAAUUAGUGAGCUUACCAUUUGUUGACUUUAGCUCCAUGUUUACCUUUCUCUCUGCAAGAAAGUAAAUAACCAUGUUUUACCUAAAUGUUGACCUAUUCCUCUAUUAUAAUUUAUUAUACCUUAAUGUUGUAUGUCGCCACAAGAAGUGGAGGUGAAUGUAUUCAUACACACCCUGGCUCCUGACACAGUCACGUCUCUCUUUAUUACAUUACCUCAUGUUUCAUACAGCAAAGACAAAUAUUAUAUAUUCAUGUGCUAAAGAUAAAUAGAAAGGGAUCAAUGCAUCUUCAUCACAGAGAUUAUAAACACAAAUAACCCCCUACUUGUCUGUCCUUCAGACUUGGCCAACAUAUAUUUGAAAAUGUUCUGAGAUGUUAUGCUUAACGUAAGAAGAAAGCCAGUUUUACAAAAGUCUUUUUCAUUUCUUUCUAAGUUGUGGUCUACUUUGAAAGCAGUGUUUUUAAAGAUGGCUAAAGUGGACAGAGGUUACUUCAGUUAAUUAUUAUGCUUGUACAAGGUACUUGUUUCGUAAGUGUUGUAAAGGUUAUGGUGUUUGUUGGUACUGAUAUAAAGGGUACUAAGUAGUCACAUUCAUGGGAGUUGUUGGCAUGAAGUGCAGCUCAAUGUGACAAUUGUUUUGCCAAAUUAAUGACUGAAAUAAAAGAGUUUUUGGUAUGAA